UUCAUAGCGGUUUAAUCCUUUUAUAACGGUUAAGGAUAUCGAUCCUUCAUAAAAAAAAAUAUCUCAACGAAGGACGGCGCGUACCAUUUUGUAGAGUCGAGAUAUCAGACCAAGACCAAAGUUGUCAUCAAUAAUCAUCGCCGGACUGAAUUGUAGGAAACAUGGCAUAUCCCGGCAGUCUGAACCCUAAUCAGCUCCAAUUUUUCAAUUCGCAAGGAUAUUUGGUGUUAGAUUCAUUUGUAAACCCAGAUGAAAUUAAAUCAAUGAGGAAUAGAAUGGAACAAUUGCUUCACGAUUUUGAUUCCCCUUCUUCUGUUAUCUUCUCUACUAAAGACCAUAGUCAUGCGAAAGACAAUUAUUUCUUCGAUAGCGCGGAGAAGAUAUCGUUUUUCUUUGAAGAGAAAGCAUUUGACGAGGAAGGUAAACUGAAGCAGCCUAAACAACUAUCUAUCAAUAAAGUUGGUCAUGCUUUACAUGAGCUUGAUCCAGUUUUCAAAGAGUUCUCCUCCUCAAAGAAUUUCUCAAGCUUGCUUUCAAGUUUAGGUUACAAGAGGCCGGCAGUCGUUCAGUCUAUGUACAUUUUUAAGCAACCAGGUAUUGGUGGAGAAGUGGUGCCCCACCAAGAUAAUUCAUUUCUUUAUACAGACCCACAGACGUGCACAGGAUUGUGGCUUGCGUUAGAAGAUGCCACAGUGAUCAAUGGCUGCCUUUGGGCCAUACCUGGUUCUCAAAAAAAUGGCCUUGUGAGAAGAUUCAUUAGAGAUGCUGAAGGGGUACAUUUUGACCGUCCAUCUCCAUCAUAUGACCAGAAAGAUUUUGUUCCAAUUGAAGUCAAAGCUGGUUCUUUGGUUGUCAUUCAUGGUGACCUUAUUCAUCAGAGUUUUGAGAACCAGUCACCAAAUUCGAGGCAUGCUUAUAGCUUGCAUGUGGUGGACACUGAUGGUUGUAAGUGGGCAGAAGACAAUUGGAUUAGAAGAAAGCAGGAACCAGAGCCUAUAUACGUGUCCUGAUCUAGCACCUCCAGUGGACUGGUGGGCCUGUUCUCUCGAUUGUUGGCGCAAUUGCAAGUUUUUAUGCCGUAGUUUGAGUUGCAUCAGUACUACAAUUGUACUUCGACAUUACAGUAGCAAGUACCAACUAAGCUUUGUUUCCUUUUUUCCCCGUAUUAUUUUAGGUUCAGUUAGCACUUAAAAGUCAUGUCGUGGAAAUUGCUAUAUUUUUGUUUCGUUCAGUUCAUACAUCGUUUAUUGUGUUUUUAUGUAAGUGUUGGAUAGGACUCAUAUGAGCCGUGAAUGGGGGCCUUAAAAGUUUGCAUAAUCUUAUACUUCCCAAUCUAAUUGUCAUAA